CUGUAUUCCAAAAAUUUUGGAGCUUCUUCGACGACCGGUUGACACCGCAUAGCUGCGCCAGCCAACCGAGCAACGCGACAAACCAGACAAGAUGGCGAGCUGGAGGGAAGCGGUCCGCCCGCUGCGGCAACUACGGGUCUCACAGAUAUCACGACAAGCCAGGCCGGCCUGUCCACGGAGAUGUUACUCGGCAGAAGCUGCGGCUGCGGCGCCGGUCGAGACACCGGCAGUAUACCGCGACCUCGAGCCGGAUUCCACACAACUGGCCCCCGGCCCGUCACCAGAGCAAAUAGACGAGUUCAAGAACCCCAAGAAGCGAGCAGAGGAGAGGAAAUACCAGCUUCCUAGCAACAGAUACCAAUACCACCCGCCCAAAUUCCGCCGUGGCGCCCUCCAUCCCGUCCAGUCCCCCCCGUCCUCCGACCCCAUCGCGCGCGACUUCCAAGCAGGGCCCUUCUACUUCCCCCGCCUCAAGGAGACGUGGCAGACGACGAUCGCGCCGGACCUGCUGACGCUGACGUACGAGCACACGCCGCCCGGCACGGAAAAGGGCCCCGUAGGCCAGCGGCUGCGGGAGUGGGACGACUCAUCGCCGUACCACAAGAACCGACCGCUUCGGGGGCCCCGUGGAAGCACCGGCGCCCUGCGCCUGGUGGAGAAGGACAUCGACUUCAAGAACGUGCCGGGGCUGCUGGCCAUCACGCUGUCGACGUACGUGCCGCAGGGCGCCAAGGAGGGGUCGUACCUGCUUGCCGCGAGGGCGGCGCUGCAGGCUGUCAGCGGCGGGCGCACCGAGAUCACGCGCGUCAAGCAUGGUGUUUCGCAGUUUGGUGUCAGCAAGGGCCAGACGGCCGGUUGCAAGGUGACCGUGUGGGGGGAGCAGGCCUACGAGCUCAUGGACAAGAUGGUUCACCUCGUCUUCCCCAAGAUCAAGGAGUGGCCCGGCGUCGAUGGCAAGACGGGCGACGAGUCGGGGAACCUGUCGUGGGGGUUUGAGCCCGACCAGUUUGCGCUGUUCCCUGAGAUCCAGGCCAACUAUGACGCCUACCCGGCAAAGAUGAUUCCCGGAUGCCGAGUCAAUGUCCAGACCACAGCCAGAUCCGACCGACACGCUCGCCUCCUCAUGCAGGCGCUGGGAGUACCGUUCCACGGCAACUUCAAAUGAGGCGCGAUAGCCUAAUUGUCAUUUCGGAUGGAGCAUAUGCAAGUCGAGCUUGAGACCAUGCUGCAAAACUGCCGUUUCGCUGUAUCAUAAACUGUAAAGCCUCCUGUCACAUAUCAUAGAAGUGGAAGAAACGGCCGGGGCAUCUGGAUGGCAUCAAAAUGGCAUGUCUCAUUUCCCCAAUUUCCAUAAUAUCAUGUAGCUGGCUCCGAUGCAGCUUGUAACCAUGCCCAAUGUCUAUAUAGGAUCCUGCAGUCUCAUGUCUGCCACAACGCCCCUAACGCCGUCUAUGCAUGGCCUCGUGGGUCCCAAUGCGAUUUCCAUCCGCCCUGACCAAUGUGCCUUUUCUUUUUUUGUCCCACUCAUACCUAGGCGGAAGCCUUCGCGGCGUCCUUCUUGACAAGCUCCUUCAGCCCCUCCAUCACCGCAUCGACAGCGUCCAUAUUCGUGGCGUCGACCUUUUCCGAGCCCGCGGGCCUUUGGCCGCCCUUCUCCAGCUCGGCAGCGACGACGUCCAUGGCGGGCUGGUAGUUCCGGGUGGCAGAGCUGAGGGCGUAGACGGCCUUGCGGCGGACGUCAGCCCUCUCCUCGGGCGCCACGGCCAGCUUCACGAGGCGCGGGAGGCCGCCCAUGGCCAGCAGGCGCUCCUGGCUCGUCUCGUUGUUCUGCACGGCGGUGCCGGCGACCCAGGCGGCGUACAGGCGGACGUCGGGCUCGGCGUCGGACAGGGUCGACAGCAGGGGCGCCCACAAGCCCAGAGGCCCCAGGUUGUUGGCAUUGUCGAGCGACUCGAUCAGCUGCUCCAGGUUGUCAAAGGCUGUCAGGCGGUGCUCGAGCGUCACCUCCGGGUCCUUGGUGUUGGUGAUGACGGACAUGGACUGCUUCAUCAGGUCUGCGUCUGAGGGCCCACCCAGCAGGGAGGCGAGAAUCUCUGGGUUCAGGCCAUUUGGUGAUGCUGUGGAGGGGGCGGCCUGGCUGGCUGUCGUCGCUGCUGCUGCCGCCGUGGUGUUCUCCCCGGCGGUGGCGGGCGCAUCUAUGGCCUUGACUGCGGUUGUGGAAGGGGUCCCAUUCGAGUUGGCGUUCCCGGCGGUCUGUGCUUCGAUGCUCCAUCUGAGGAGCUCAUUGAGAUUCUUGUCCAUGGUGAGGGGUGGUAAAUUGGGCUCGGCUUGUUCUGGCUUGGUCUCGUUCGGAUCGGAGCUGUUUUGGAUCUGGCCUGUGAUGAACCGAGAUUGUGUUCUUCGGCGGGUGUUUGUUCCGGCGAGGAAUGGAUUGAAUUAUUGCGAGAGAUUGGAAUGGAAAUUGGAAGGUCUGCUAUGGGGAUCGGCACGAUUUUGUUUUCUGUGAAAGUUUGCUCGUGGUGACCUCGGGAUUGUAGAGCUAUCCCAAAAUGUUUCGACUGUUGCUUUUUUCGGGAAGCUUCUCGAAAAUUCUUGCACCGUUACGGACUAGCGCGGGUCCCCAUCGUUCCUGUCAACUAAUAAGGACCGGCAACCUUGGAAGCCACGGACCAGCCUGCCAGCCUGCCUGCCAGCCUGCCAGCCAGGACCUGCCAGCCACGCUGGCCGCUGGGAAUGCAAUUGCACAAGCCUGGAAGCUAUAAUGGUUCCUUUUCCCACGGGGAGACGCACUGGCCUAUAAUUACCGCGGGUCUCGCAGUGAUGGCGAUCUGCGGGACGCAAGCCCAGCCGCGGAAUUGGAGGCUCAUGAACCAGAACGGGCUGACUGAACUGGCACUGUACCACAGUACCCAGGUAUCUAC